GAACAGAGGAAGAGAGAGUGAGAGAGAAGGAGGGAGGGGUAGCAAAGGAGUGUGAGAGGCAGAGAGGAGUAAAGACACUAUCUUGUGACUUGACAAAAGAGGGCAGGUCCCAGAGACAGGACAAUGAAGACUGGUGUGGGACUCAUUUCUUCAUUGCUCCUGUUCCUCUUAAUGGGAGCAGUCUUUGCCCAGAGGCCGCGACCGAAGAAGCCUACCAGACGUCCAGCCACCACCAGGAAGCCUUUUGCCCCCAAGCGUGUGGAACCAGCCGUUUCCGAGCCCCAGGAGCCCACAGAUUUCCCUCCGCCCAUCCUCGGCCCGCCAUCCGUCUUCUCUGAUUGUCCCCGAGAGUGUUCAUGUUUCCCAAGCUACCCAAAUUCUCUCAACUGUGAGAACCGGAACAUCCGUGUGGUCCCGGUCAUCCCAUUCAGAACUCAUUACCUGUAUCUACAGAACAACUACAUCUCUGAGCUCACUGCAGAGGCCUUUAACAAUGCUACAGAGGUCCGCUGGAUCAAUCUGGCAAACAAUCGCAUCCAGAAAAUUGACAAACAGGUUUUUGAGAAGCUCCCAGGUCUGCUGUAUUUCUAUAUCCAGAGAAACCAGCUGAAUGAAGUGCCAUCAGGCCUCCCAACAAGUCUGGAGCAACUUCGUCUGGACAGGAACCGCAUUUCCAAGAUCCCCGCUGGUGCCUUCACCAAGAUGGCGAACCUGACUCUGCUUGACCUGCACUACAACCAGCUGAGCGACAGUGGCCUGGGAAAGAACACGCUCAAGGACCUGAAGAACCUCAUGCAGCUCAACCUGGCGCACAACGUUUUGAAGAAGAUGCCCGCUGGAGUGCCAAACAGCCUCAUCCAGCUGUUCCUGGACAAGAACCGCAUAGAUGACAUACCAAAAGAUUACUUCAAGGACUUCACCCAUCUGGCGUUUGUGAGGCUCAACUACAACCAGCUGAGCGAUAAAGGAGUUCCCAAGGCCGUGUUCAACUUGAGCAGCCUGCUGGAUCUGCAGCUGGCUCACAACCAGCUCACAGUGAUCCCCCUCUUCAACAAUCACCUGGAGCACUUGCACCUCAACCACAACAGCAUUGAGAACAUCAACGGCACUGAGAUCUGCCCAUUCAGCCUGCUGGCCGACCUGACUGACGACCGUCUGGUGCCACGACUAAGAUACCUGCGUCUGGAUGGGAAUCAUUUGCACCCCCCCAUCCCUAUGGAUGUCUUCAUGUGCUUCAGACACCUUCACUCUGUCGACAUCUAAGAGGCAGGGUGUCUUCUCACACAAACCUGCACACAGACGAAAAACCAAACAAACGACAGCAGUGCACGACGGGGAAUUGGAGAUAAAGCACGCUCACUGGAGCACAAGGUUUCGAGCUGGAACGAGCAGAACGAGUUGCAUUACUGAAAGAGGAACUCUGCUCAGCUGCAAAGCUUUGAGUUUGCUUUUUAAAUGACUGAAAGUGUCAUUCUGCCAGAAUCCAAGCAGUGGACUGCAAACUGGCAACAAGAGAUUAUAGGAACAUUUAGCUAUAUUCAAUAAAAAAAACAUAGAAAAAAAAAAACAUUUGAAUGAGCAAAACUCCAACUCCAGGUGUAAUAAAAUACAUGCAUUUAAUAAGUUAAAUUUAGCUAAAUAUGUAUUUAUUUCAGUAAUUCAAUUUAAAAAGUGAAACUCAUAAGUCGUACAAGUUUAUUACCCAGAUACACUAAAGAAUUCACUUCUGGAUGGAUUUUGGGUGGAUAUGAACAUUAAAUAGGACAAACAAAAACCAAUAUUCAAUGCAUGAAAGUAUUUAAAGCAUAAAGUAUUCAGUUUUAACCCCAUCCGUCUCCUUUUGCAUGAAUGAGGUGUGAUGUGGUUCAGUCUGCAGUCUGUCCACAAAUCCCCAUCCUCCGCUUUUGAACAGGUUUUGCUCCACCAUUCCCUUAAUUUACUUUAACUUUUCAUUAAUGUGUUUAGAUAAUGAACUCUGUGAACUGCAGAGUUAGCAGCUGUCAGGUCACCAGCCUUCCCCAGGAUUUUUUUUAUUUUUUUUUAUUGAUCUUAUGUAACAUUUACAUUUACACAAUCGUGAAAACGAGCGGAGAUAAAUGAAGAAUACGUCACUCUGUUUGUAAUGAAUCUGUACAUGAGUUUCACCUUUUCAGCUGAAUUACUAAAUUAAAUUUAUUUGAUAUUUAAAGCAAUGGAGAUGCUCCUCUGCUCUGCUACAGAGGGCGGUUUUAAGGACCAACAUUUACAGUGCAUAGGUCUGAAUAACGCCUUCAGUUUCCAAGGUGCUCUGUGUAAAAAUGUUUUUGUUAUUCCUAUUAAUAGACUUUUAUGUUAUUCCUCUGUAUAAAGGCGCUUUGUACAAAUACUGAAAAAUAAAAUGUCUUUGCUCAUACCUA